AUGUGUAACUCUACUCUCCUGUAUUUCCCUCAUUCGGACCUCAGCCAAUCAGACAUCGGCAGCGAGAAAGAGAACCCCCUCUCCCGGAGACCGUCACCAUGCCAACCCCCUGCUCAGUUCACCUGCAAGGAUUCGGGCUAUGAACCUGCCACUUGCACCUCCACCACUACAGCUGCAAACUCCUACCAGACCGAAAUCCACCACCAAGCAGCAGACAGAGAUCUGGGUGCGGACUUAUCGCUAGCCAGUCAGAGAGAGGAAGGGGAGGGCUGGGACCGCGAGCAGGCAAAACGACUGGAGGAGAGGAACAAGUGGUUUGAGGAGGGGCUCCCCGUCAAUGAGAUGGGCAGCAGGUGGGAGUCCAUGGAGCUGAAAAAGGGGAGUGUACCUGUGCCUGUUAUUGAAACUAUGGACUCUGAAGUUAACAGGAAGUGGGUAGAAUUUGAGACAAUGUCAUUUCAGGACAUGAGCUCACAGUCUCUCAUAGGCACCCAGGCUUAUCAGUCAAGCACCGCACAGGCAUCUGCAUCUCUACUUACUCCCCAGAGAGAUCACUCACCACCUCAAGAGGUCAACCAGUCUGUCACCGGGUCACAAACUGAUACAUCAAACAUGAAGGAGGCUCCUCCAUCCAUAAAUGGCGCCCAGAUCACAAUGAGUACAGCUGAAGCACUGCAAAAAGAGGUGGAGAGCAUUAAGAGGGAGCGUGCGGCCAUGGGUAUAGAGGUGGAGAGUCCCUGUGGCACUGGGGCACUUUGUAGGGCCAGACUGGAGGCCAUGGAAGUAGCACACAGGAAAGCACUGCAGGAGCUGCAGGAGAAGCAUGCCAAGGAGAUAAAAAAGCUAGAAGAGGAAAAAGACAGGAUGCUACAGGAGGAGAGCCAAGCAGCUGCUAAAGCUAUGGAGGCACUGAGAGCAGCUCACAGAGAGGAGCUGGAGAGACAAGUGGAGAAGGCCAGGAAGUCGUUCGCAGGAGCGGCACAUGUGGAUUCAUCGUGCCGAGGGCAGGCGCUCCAGGCGGAUGUCUUGCACUCUGAGUUAGAUGUGCUGUCAGAACGUUACUCUCAGAAGUGCCUGGAGCUGGACCGCGCUGAACACAGCAGUAAGAGCCGAGAGACAGAGCUCGGAUGCAAGGAGAAGGAGCUGGAGCAGCUCAGAAGAGAGAACCAGGAUCUCAAGGUCAAACUGGCAGAAGAGAUCAGCCGUAUGCGGUAUUUCAUCACAGGUCAGAGGUCGGAUGUGGUAUCCCUUUGCAACACUGAGUGCGCUGCAUCAGAAUUAGAGACUCUACUCAGAGCAAAAGAAAAUGAAGUUCAGUAUCUUAAAAAAGAAAUCAGUUGUCUACAGAAUGAAGUGCAAUCUCUUACAAAGGAGAAAGAAGUCGCUUAUGAGCGUUUUAAGGAGGCAUAUGUAGAGCUAAGUGACACAAGGGGGCGUGGCCAGCUGGAGAUGGGCUCACUCAAUGAACACCUGAGACUGGCCAAUGCUGCCCUUCAGGAGGGAGCAAGACAGACCUGACCUACGAGGACACGCCUUAAAAAAUGUACUUUGACAAAGAAAACCAGCCAAUAUUUAAAAAGAAGAAGAAGAAAAAAAAAAGCAAUAUAUG